AUGUGGGAAGCAUCCAUUGCUUCGUGGUGGUCGCCUGGCCUCCGUCGCUGCAAGGAAGAGGAGGGAGGAGGGCGGAUCCCCGCAGUAAGGAGAGGGAUUUCAGGAAGGGGAGCGGGAGAAGGAGAGGCGACCUUGUUGGCUGCAAGAGUACGCCGCCGACCGGAGGCAGGUGCGGCGACCAGCGGGGGUGCCGGGCCGGCGCGCUUCGGUGGCGGCGCAGCGGCGCCCUGCGGGCCGGGCCGCGGCCGGCGGAUACUGGCGACCCGCACUGGCUGCUUCGACACGGACAGCGGGACGGGGACGGCGCUCGGGAGAGGCCGCCGCAACGGUCGAAGGCGAGGUGGAUCAGGCGGCGUUGCUGCCCCUAGGGUUUCGACGACGAAGAAGCGCCUGGGGGCGACGGGAGGUGAGCGGGACCUUGUCAGCGGCGCCGCCGGUGGCCAACAUGUGGACGCCCUCGGCGCCGACGACGAUGUCCUCAUCUCCGUCUCUCCGAUUAGGGGCGGAGGCGGCGUGAGCUGGUGGCGUGGAAUAGGAGCCGCGAGAGCCGUGGAGACGCUUCCGUCGGUGGAGAGGAUAAGGCUGGCUGCGAACGGCUGCGAUGGAGGAAGGCAGGAACGAACGGCCAGGAGAGAGAGACUGUAG